CGCAGUGGGAGGGUGCAGCGGCAGGACUGGCAGGGUUGCAGCUUGGGUUUCGUUUCCUCCGAACUGACCGACCAGCAAAGCCUGACAGUCUUCCGCAUCAGUCGGCUCUCAUGUCUCGGCUCUCUGACCGUGAACCUGCCCCUGUUCGACCCCUAUCUGAAAACUAAAGGCGAGGACAGCAGACGAUGGAGAGUCUACUUUGAAUUUGAAUGCAUUAGUUGUCAAGAUUUGUGAAAAGUGAGCCUGCUAUCAUGGAUGAUCAGGACCAAACAAAGCAUGAGUGAUCUACGUGUGUGAAGAAGGAAGCAAGGCAGACCAUGGCAGAGGAAGGAGAAAUGAAGAGUCAGGAGGAGGAUCUGUCACCUGACAUCAAGAAUUGGAGUAAACAUCAAGUGAGAGAAUGGGCUCUCAAGUUGGAUGAUGUGGAUGACGGAGUUGCAGAGACACUGUUUCAGCAAGACAUUAAUGGAGCCAGUCUUUUGCUUUUAGAUAAAGAAGACUUAAAACAAAUAGGUGUGACUUUUGGACCAGCAAAACUUAUCAUUCAUGCCAGAGAUGAGGUAGUAAAAUUAAAGAAAGAGGAGCCAGCAAGCUCUACAAAUCAGCCUGGAAGACCAUGCAAACCUUAUCCAUUUUGUAGGUACCAUGAUACCUAUAGAUACAUGGAGAGCAGUAUUCUUGAUAUUACAGAAUCGGGUCCGUCAGAUUUAAUUGAACCCUGUCACGAGUAUAAAGCUUUCAUCAAUACAACAGAUGAAACUGAAAUGAUCAAGUUCACAGAAGAGACUAUUCGCUUUGCAGCUGCCUGCAUGAACAGCCGCACCAAUGGCACCAUUCAUUUUGGAAUAGGAGAUGAGCCAGAAUUCAAGCAUGGUCAGGUGUUGGGAGUGGUUGUUAAGGACAGAGAGGCUUAUGCAAAGGAACUAAAAUCUGCCAUUGAUGGUUAUUUUGAGUAUAAACACAAGCAGACUGCUCAAAAUUGCAUCAAACCUCCACGAUUUGUUGGCGUUCUCAAUAAGAAUAUGACCUCAUCGGACAAAUAUGUGAUAGAAGUGGACAUAGUCCCUGACUCUACAAUGUGUGAAGAAAACAUCUACCACACUUUCAACAUGGACACAAAAAAAGCCAAGAAAAAAACAAAGGGUAAAGAAACAGUCACAAUGGAAGCAAAACUAUCAAAACAAUUCUUUGUCAGAGAUGGUGGUAGCAGCAGGAAUCUCCUUGCACCAACCACAUUUGCCAAACCUAUGGAAGAGUACAACCAGUUUGUUGGCAGUAUGGCACAGCGAUCACAACUCCGCAAAGAAGCUGAAGAGAAGCACCUCAAUGUGAUAAAAAGCAGUACCCAAGGCUCCAGAUUAAGUCAGAUGAUAACUGGUGGAACCCUCUCAUUAGAUAAGUCACAUUUUGAGUCGUAUGUGAUAGUAACUAACAAAUCACAUUCAACCCAGUUUGAAUCACUGGGAUUUCUUGUAGAGCUCAACCCAACAGCAGUUUUGGACUUUGAUCCAGAAUCAUCUAAACAUGGAUUACAGCAUCACUUUGAACAGCAGAGUACAGUGAGUGUACAUUUACCAGCAAAGUAUAAAAUCACAGAGGGAGUUGAGGACAUUGCAAACAAACUGAAAUUAACCCGCAACACCAGCUGGGUGUUGUGCAAUGGAGGUAUUGAGGAUGAGGCACCCUCAGACAUAGACGAGUGGUUGAUGGACAAGGGAGCCUCCGUUCGAGACGUGAUUUCUUUCUUGUGUCGGAAAGAUGUGCUUCCAAACAAGAGAUUUCUUGUCAUUUUCUUACUUUUGUCAACAGUGAGUGAGAAGAUGGACCCUCUUGUUGAGACUUUCAGCACAUUCUUCCAGGAGCUCAGAGGCAUCGAGCAAAUCCUUUGUAUAUGCGACAGUGAAAAAGCAUUUACCUCCUGGAUGGGCCUGAUUGAGGCUCGGUGUGGAAUCAACAUCUCUCAUAGGUGCAUAUAUGAGCUCAGUUUUGCUGAAGUCAAUGGCACUGUCCUUAGUCUUCUGUCAAAAAACCGUAGAUCCAGCCGUUUCCUGCCCUGUGGUGGGGGAAGCAAAGUGCUUCUUGAGAAGAAGGUGGAGCGUAGCCUGAAUACCUUAGAGGUCCUGUGUGUGAACCAAUGCGAAGGAGGAAACGAGGACAAAAUUGCCAUAGAGGAGAACUUCUACAAAGGAGGAAAAGUGUCAUGGUGGAAUUUCUACUUCUCAGAGCAGCCUGGAUCCACACCAUUUAUCAAACGAGACAAGUUUGACUUCAUUAUGAACACAGUCCUACCAGAUUUGCGUUCCCUGGGAAAAGCCUGCGUGUUGUUCAACCUCAUGCAUGUACCUGGAUGUGGUGGGACAACUUUGGCCAUGCAUACUUUAUGGGCUCAUCGGGACAGAUUCCGUUGUGCUGUCCUCAAAGACAGUAACGCUGACUUUGCUGAAGUUGCUGACCAGGUGGUCAAACUUUUAAUGUAUGACCACGAAGAGCAAUUACCAAGUGUCCCUGUUUUGUUGAUGAUAGAUGACUUUGACGAUAAAGAAAAAGUGUUUGACUUGCAGCAGCUCAUUGAGAAAGAAUGUGCAAAGAAAGAGAUUUGGUCUAAAUCUGCACAGGUCAUUCUCCUGAACUGUAUGAGGUCAGAGUCCUCUGAACAGACUGAAUCAACUGAGGAGACAGUAUUCAUUGGAAAUGAUCUGUCUGAGAUGGAGCAGAAACUGUUUGAGGAAAAACUUGUAGAAAUAGAGAAAACGCAUAAGAAUGCGGACACGUUCUACGGGUUCAUGAUCAUGAAGAAGAACUUCAAGCCAGAGUAUGUUCAGGGUGUAGCCCGCAACACCCUUAAGAGCUUCAACAUAAAUCAGAAACAUGCACAACUCCUGGCUGUUUUAGCUCUGUUGAAUGUAUACUGCAAGGGUGCCUCUCUCUCUGUCUCUCUGUGUGAGGAAUUUCUUGGUCUUCAACCAAAACCAGUUUGUGGAACCAUCAAAGUCGAAGAAGGAUUUGGGAAAUUUUCCACUUUAGUUACCACCUGCUCAGUUGAGGGUAAAGUAGUUUUCAAAGGUGUGAAAAUGAUCCAUUCAAGUAUUGCAAGGCACUGUUUGCAGGAACUUACAACAACACACAAUGUGAGCAAAGCUGAUAUCACUGAUCGCCUGCUGACCACAGACAAGCUUUAUGAGAGCACACAAGGCAAAGACAAACUCCUACAAGAUGUUCGCCACAUUUUGGUGAAGAGACAUCACUCAGUGGAGGAAUCUCAGUUCUCUCCACUAAUUCAAGACAUUGCAAGUGACACCCCAGGACUGGAAGAAAUGGUGCUACAAAAUGCAUCAAAAAGAUUUGAGAAAGAUGCAGUUGUCUCUCAGUUACUUGCCAGGUACUAUUACCUGAAAAAGAAGGAUUUCUCAGAGGCAGGAGUUUGGGCCACGAGAGCAAGAGAUCUUUCCAAAGACAACUCAUACUUUGCAGACACAUCAGCACAAGUUAUCAAGCAUGAGCUGAAGAAUGCAGUUGCAACCUACAAAGAAGAACCUCUUAGUCCUGAAAAAUUGGACAUGUUUCUGAAAAUGUCUCAGUCAGCAAUAGAUGCAUUCAAGGAAACACAGAACCUUGCAAAGAAGGAGUCCAUUCAGCGAUUGCAAAACAAAACAGACAACUGCCCUUUUAAUACAGCAGGGUGCCUGGGAGAAAUUCAAGUCGGAGUUCUUGUCAUUGAUGUGCUGGCAAAGACCCCCAUAUUUUCUUCUGAAAAUGUCCGCCAUGACAUUAUGAGUGGGGUUCUCUCUGGAGAAAUGAAACUUCAAGAUGUACAGAGAAAUGAUAAACGGCACAACAAACACACAAACUACUACAAAAUUCUCAGACAGUAUGAGGAUGUACUUUACAACCUCAGAUAUAGGAUGAAGGUGAACUUUGACUUCCUUGACAGUUUUUAUGUGAACUUGGGCUCCAGGUCUGGAUUGAAAGACAGUCGUGAGCAGGUUGCCCAAAAUGAGCUUUUCAGAUGUUUCAAACAGUAUGUAAAGCUUUUCUGCAAGACAGACUCUGCAGCUCUUCUGAGGAAUAAAACCAUGUACAACAUGCUGAAACUACACGAGGCAAGACAAUUCCUGGAGCUGAAAAAAGCUGAUACCUACUCUGGGAUUCUGAACUGUCUCUCAAAUGACAUCCAGCCUGAAAUAAUGGAGAAGAUUGCCAAACAGUAUGCUUUUGUUUGUGAACAUAUGCCGAGUAUGAGGGAGAGGAUCAACUUCAUCUACUUCAAUGUUGUGCUUAGUUGUAUCAAACUGGCAUCAACCUGCAUUGAGCCGUACCAGGACUUAAUUAAUCUCCUUUGCCGAGUUCUGCAGGAGCAAAUCCCAUUGGGUGAGAAUUUGCCACUGCACUUCAUUGCAGUUGUGCUGUUGUGGCCGCAGCAGAACAGUCCAGCAGAUCGCAGGCUAGGGGGGUAUAUCUCACAGAUGAGGGCCUCUUAUCACAUAGUGAUGAAGGAAGUUUGCAAUGGCAAGAGACCCAUUGUCCAUUUCUUCCUGGGGAAGAAGCAGGGCUAUGAACGACUGGUACACUUAGGGGAAAUCAAAAAGUGCUGCACGGCUGGACAGAAAGAUUUUGCCUCCAUGUGGGAAAAUGGCAAAAUAUGGAAAGACAAGAAGGUGGGGGAGAAGCUUUGCAGAGUCACUGGCGAGGUGAAGAAUAAGUUGAUACUGGCAGAUACUUGUAUCCCAGGCCUGAGGCUCGAAGUCACCCCAAUGUUUCGAAGUCAGCUCAGUGGGCUGGCCCAGGGGUCAAAUGUGUCGUUCUUUAUUGGUUUCUCAAUGAAAGGCCCUCUUGCGCUUGAUGUUACCUAAACUUUGAAAGCAGUCUGUUCUAACCCAGCUGCCCACCAGCAUUGUUAGACCUUGAUAUUUGGUUGAACUUUGUGACGUCAGGUGACCAAAACUCAAUGACAGGGCAAUGUCUAAUGCCAACAUCAAUUUGACAUAGAAUACUGAAAACAGAUGACAUUGAUAUUUUGUUAGUUUAAAGUUGUGUUAAGUAACCAAAAUCCACAGUCUUACAAAUGUCCCAUGCCAACAUCAUCUUUGACGUAGAGUACCAACAUUUAGUUAUGAGGAAUGAAGAACAAAACCCAACAUCUGCGAAACAUCAUGAUGUUAACAUCUAAUUCUAAUUCUUGUUAGACAUUUAAAUUAUCGUCAACCUGAUUUUCAUUUUAACCAAAAUACAUCAGACUAAGAGUCAGACAUCUUUCUGACAUCAUAUUGAUGCCUGGAGCUGGGAAUUUUUUGUAGCUUUUAGCUAAUCAUAGUGGAUUAAUCUGUGUUACAUACCCUGAUAUACUUUGAAAAGUGAUUUAGUUAUAUAACUAAUGAAUUUGCUUUGUUGCAUUUUUGUGUAUCCCUGGCUAUGUGCCUCACAUUAUUAAUGUUUUGUAAAGGAAAACAUUUGUCAACCUUAAAAUCAAACUCUUUAAAAUGUCUUAUGUUGAAAAGUCUACUGUAGCUCACAAGUCAUUGUAAAUAUGAGUCUUUUUUAUGGAAAUUAAUUUUUUUACAUUAUGAAAUGAUCUGACAUCUGAAAAAGGAAUACAACUAUUACAUUUUGUCAUGUUCUGCAUCAGCUGAGUAAAUAUGUCCAUGAUGUGAAAUAAUCUGCAUCAGGAUAUUUGCUUUUGAAUAGAAAUUGUGUACUUAAGCAACUAUGUAAGGAUUUGCAAUGUUUUACAGUAAUUAUCUUUAACUAUGCAUGUUCUAUUACUGAUGUACCUAAUUUGCCUUGCAUAACCUUUGAGCAAUGUUUUACAUAACAAGAUCCCUUACAUUUAACCAAUAUUUUGUGUAAAAAUUCUGAACAUUGUAAUGCUGAUUUUGUUUUGUUUGUUUGUUUGUUUGUUUUGAAUUUUGUGUCUUUAUCCAUAAACUGAUUUCAUGUUUGAAAUACAAUAGUUUUUAUCUUUUGCCAUGUGAUAUAUGAUGAUUAUGUAACAGCUUGUUUUGCAUUCCAUAAAAAUCAAUGACAAACAUUGAAUUUUGCAAUACCUGUCUAAUAAAGAUGCAUUGACAUUACCAUGUAUGAGUUUAUUCA